AUGUCAAACGAUUUUACAACUACAGACUCUUCUCUCUAUACAUCGUCAAGUGUUAAUGAAACUCUGCGUUUAUCAACCGAUUCGGGCCAAGGAAUGGAUACUACUACUACUAGCCAACAACAAUCGAAUCAAACAACAAAUAGUAGUGAAAAUCGUCAAAAAAAGAAUGAACACGUAUCUCGUUCGAAAAAAGCUAAUUUGAUAUUUUCUGUCAGUCGUGUUGAAAAUCGCUUACGCAAAGGUCGAUAUGCAGAACGUCUUGGUUCAACAGCACCGGUUUACUUAGCGGGUGUACUAGAAUAUUUAGUGGCUGAAGUAGUUGAACUAGCUGGUGAUAUUACACACAAAUCUAAACGUAAACGUAUUACUCCUAGAGAUAUUGCUUUAGUGAUCAAGAAUGAUGAUGAACUUAAUACAUUGUGUUCUGAUGUAACCAUUCCAGAAGGUGGCGUUCAACCAUUCAUUCACCAGGUGUUACUUAAUACCAGCAAACGUCGUCGCAGUUAUCGAAUUCAAUCACGUCAAAACAAUGUCGAAAAAUUAUCUUCGAAUAAGACGAAGUCCAAAAACAAGCAAUUAACGUUCAGUACUAAUAUGAAUACAGAUACCGAUGAUCAUUUGUCGCCGUAUUCAUCGGAUUUAAAUGAUAGUGGUGUACAAAUGCAGUGA